UGAGGCGUGGGAAAGUUUUCCAGUCAUAUGUAAUCGAGCAGGCCCGUGAAACUUCUAGAAUUCAUCCACGAGAAGCGCCGUUCCGCACGAUUGAGGAACACCUCCCAGCUUGAGAGUACAAAGUAUCGAGUCAUAGAAUCAAGUUCCCCCUUUGGAUUCACUCUUACACUGAUUUGUGAACAAUGUCAGAGAAAAACCAAAAACUUGUCCUUGCAAUCUUGGACUUUCUCAAUGCAUCCAUUCAAUGUAUCGGUGAAGCUUUUGGCGUUGAUCCUAACGAUCCGACACAAUGCGAACGGCUUAGUAUCAAACCGGCGACACUUUCUUCUCUCUUCGAUGUCUUUUCUAGAACGCAAAGCAAGCUGAAGGCUGGUGCUUCGACGACACCUACCCCUCCCCCAGCAUCGUCGUCCGCCCCCAGGCCUCCAGUACCCUCCGAUGCCGACAAAAAGAAGGCCGAGGAACACAAGAAGGAAGGAAAUGCUCGAAUGUCCUCAAAGGACUUUGACGCUGCUAUCCAAUCGUACACCAAGGCCAUCGCACUCGAUCCCAGCAACCCUGUUUAUUACUCAAACCGCGCAGCUGCCUAUUCGUCCAAGGAUGAGCACGACAAAGCCAUCAUCGAUGCUAAGAAAGCUCUUGAAGUAGAUCCAUCGUUCGUCAAGGCAUACUCAAGAUUGGGGUAAGUGAUGCGUCACACACUUUACCCAUUACUGACAAGUCCAUUCAAUUCAGGCAUGCCUACUAUUGUUUGGAGGAUUACGCAGAAGCUGUCGACGCUUUCUCGGAGGGGUUGAAACUAGAGCCAA